AUGACGACUCGCAUCAAGUACUUCUACGACGUACUCUGCCCUUCAUCUUGGCAAAAUUUGCUGAGACUACGAGAGCUGCCCAGCACGAGCUUCACCAUCGACUACCAGCCGGUGGUCAACAAGCGGAUGAAGCUGUUGAAAUUACAACGUGAAGCCGGCAAGCGCUUUGUCCCCAUCAACCCGGAGCAAUUUUUCGCGGAGCUCUACUGCAAGGAUUCGCCCACGAUUUCAGCGGAGCAUUGGCAGGUUCACGAGCAACUCCUUGAAGAACUGAAUCAAACGCCGCACAUGUUCCUGCAGGCCGUGAAGCUGUACUUUUCCGAUCGAUACGUGGACGCUAUUGAUCACCUCAAUCGUCGCAUCUGGGAGCAACGGCUGCCCGUGUCGAGGGGUUACCACCUAUUCCAGACCGCCACCGCCAUGGGCUUCGAGUUUAGGCAAUCCGACUUUCUCGUCACCCAACUCUGCCAUCACGUCGUCAACGAGGCGUUGGGCAAGGGAAUCGUCGACGCGAUAGAACAUGGGGCCGUCCGCGCACCGUUCUUCGUGUUGUCGAACGGAAACGGAACCGAGAAGCGCUGCUCCGAAAAACUCGAUGAACUAAUUCAA